AUGCCGAUAGUAGAACUAUUAGAGUAUGUGAGGACUCUUCUUGAACGUUGGACGAAGGAAAGGUUAUUGAAAGCAAAGGGUACAUUCACAUACCUUGGGAUUAAAUUCAACAAAGAGUUGGAUGAUAAUAGAACAUUGUCGCACAAGCUUAGAGUGAGGACUUCAACAGACUACAUCCAUAUAGUACUAGAUGAUGUGAGGCGUUGUAUUGUUUGUCUUGAAAACAAGAGAUGUAUUUGUGGGCAAUUCCAGCUUGAUGAACUUCCUUGUCCAUAUGCUUUGGCUGCUUUAAGACACAGGGAUGAGUCUUUUGAACAAUAUUGUUCUCCUUAUUACACAAGGAGAACCUCUUGCGUACUUAUGAAAUACAGUAAAUCCCCUGCCUGA